AUAUACACACACACACAUAUUGGUGAAGGUUCUAGAGAGAGAAGCCGAGAAGAGAAAGGUCGAGUCUUUAGCUAGAGGCGGCCAUAGAUCAUCCUCACUAUCUUCUCUUCUCCGAAUUCCGAAGUCGCUCUCUUUCGAUCUCUCUAAUUACCAGAACUUGAUUAAAGAAGGUGCGGUAGAAAGGCUUUUGUAAGUUUAGACUUUAAAGAUAGUUGUGGUUUUGGACUUGUGGAUUCUCUGUAUAAGAUGCACUUUCGGUCAUCAUCAUACCAAAAUGCAGAUAUUGAGUUGGUUUUCUUAUCCAAAUGGACUGCAAGAAGUUUAUCCAAAUGGUCGAGGACAAAAGGAAGAGAGCUCUGGAGAAGAAAGAAGCCCCCUUGAAAUGGGAGCAGAAGCUUGAAUCUGCUGCCAAGGCCAAAGCUGAUGCCGAAGCCAGAGAGAGGAAGCUGAGGGCUGCUAAGCAUAAGAGAGGAUCUGUAUCAGAUUAUGAUAGUGAGAGUGACAGUGAGAGCGGUGGUGAUGGGAGAAAGACAUCUAAGAGGUCUCUCAAAAAGCACAAGAAGCACGGCCCUUCUGACUCAGGUGACAGUGAGAAGAGGAAGGAGAAGAAAUCCAAGCGAAAACUGAAGAAACGAUCCUCCGGCUCAAGUGACUAUAGCAGCGAUGAACAUGGAAGUGGCUCAGAGGAAGAGAGGAAGAGAAAGAAGCGGGUCCACAAGAAGCAUAGACAUCAUGAUUCAAGCUCCAACUCCAGUGCUACUGAUUUUUCAGCUGACGAGGAUGAUGGCCGUAUCAGAAGAAAAAGUCACGCAAGACGUCACAAACAUCAUCGACGGUCACAUUCUAGUGGUUCAGAUCCUUCAGGUGAUGAAGAUGAGGGUGCUAUUAGAAGGAGCACUCAUGCAAAGCAUCACAAACAUCACAGGCGUUCAACAGAUUCUUCAAGUGAUGAGGAUGACACCACUCUCAAAAGGAAGAGGCACGCAAAGCAUCGUAAACAUCACCAACGACGAUCUCAUAGUCAUGACUCGAAGUCCUCAGAUUCUGAUUACCUUAGAUGUGAUCAGAGGAUUCGAUCUUUAAGAAAGGCAUCUGAUGACAACGAUGAGGAAUCAGAUAGAAGAGUAAGGCAUAAAAGCAGUCAUCACCAUCAUCACAACCAUCAUCACAAUCAUCAUCGCCACAACCCAGAGGAAACUCAGGAGGGGAAUGACCAGUAUAGGCAGACAAUGGAACCAAACGGAAAGUAUUUAGAGCACUCACCUAAGAAUGCAAAGGAAAGCAAGCAUAAUGGCGCUCGUGAUGUUCACAACUCUUAAUUUAAUGUGACUGAACUGACUGCUUUUCUACCGCGCUUUAUUAUGGUUUACGCUACAUUAGGAAAACUAUAAUGUGAGCAAAAUGUACCCUUUAAUUAGCCCUGAAUUCAGAGGGAGUCUUGUUAUUGUCAUUGGUUAGAGAACUUAUCUCCGAACUCUCUUGUUGAAGGCCCCAAUUGUAUUGGAAUGCGUUUUAGUUCAAGUGUCUUUUGCAGGCUUUUUGUUA